AUGGUCCCAAUCCAAGCUGAACAGCAGGCGAAGCUAGUCUCUUUGUUCAAAGAAUCACUCGGCCAGGACGAAUAUACCAAACUCCUGAGUGGCGAGCCUUCCAUCCAGAAGUACCUAGACGCUGGGAAACAAGUUUCUUUCGAGUCCAUACUUCCACUACUGCGAAUCUCAGGCCCAGCACAGUUCACUCCAGACCAAGAGAACCGCUACUGGAGUGCGUUGCAGACUGCCUUGGUUUCCAACGAGGAGACUGAUUGGCAACAAAUUGUGGACGAUACAGUCGCCGCGAUUAAGGACUAUCGGAACCGAAAAAAUGACGCCCGGAAUCGCAUUUUCGCACUAGUGGACAAUGCCACAUACGAUAAGGAGGUUCGGGUGCAUUGGCGCACGUCGUAUCUUCAGUAUAAUACUUCGUUCACCGCGGCGGCAUUAUCUUUCUUGACCGAGGAUUUCGAUGUCACCCUCAUCCCUUACUGUGCAAAUGACGAAGUGCCCGUGUGGAUGCGGAAACUUGCCAUUGCACGAGUUAUCAACGAUGCCGAUAACAAGGAAGAGGUUAGCAACCUGAUCGCGUCAUACUGGAACACACUCAUCGCCGAUUUUCGCAAAGCUAUGGCGGAGGCUAAACCACGAUCAGCCUCAGUUUCCGACUCGGACACUUCGUACCCCAGGCUUACCUGUUACAAUGUUGAACAACUACUGACCCCGGACAUUUCCUCGGCUACUUGGCCUCUUCAAAUGGCUACCAGCUUCUCGGGGCAUGAUUCUACUCGUCGAAAGAUUAGUGGGCUUCUCGCUAUUGGCACCGAACAAGCCAAGAUUAGCAGUCUUAUCUUGAGUGCGGCCGAGCAUGCGAGACAACAGAAGAAGUCCAAUCCUUCCAUCAACGAGUUAACUCUGGCCGAAGCUGUCGCGGUAGUCGAAGGUUACUUGCGGGAUAUGCGAGCGUUCUGGCAAUUCAGGUCUUCGGAUUUCCAUGCCAUCUACAGAUGGCUGGAAGAUGGGGCUGCCCUGGUGGAAGUACCGGAAGUCCUUCGCUGGUGGCUAGAAAACGACGAAAAGAAUCAUCUUUCUUAA